GCAGAUGAAACCAAAACAGAAACUAAAAACCAAACAAAAAGAACUAUCCUUCGAGAUGUAUAAUAAGAAGUGUCAGACUUAACCUUGACACUUAUUUGGGACUUCAUCGAAUUCUUGACACAUCUUAUCACUGGAAGACUUGAGAGGAUUUAUUUUAUAUUUCAGUUGAAACAAACUGAAGAAUAAUUUGAGGAGAAAGGCAUGGGGUUGUUUAAAUCCAGACCUAGCCCUCCACCUCCACCUCCAUCACCAGCUUUUAGCAACGAAUGGAGACGCACACCUUGGCGUCAGAAAGAGGAAAUGCUGCAGAAACUGAAAGACUAUGUGCCUGGAAACCCUCAGGUGAAGACUAUCAGAAUCCUCCUCCAUGGACCAGCUGGAGCUGGCAAAUCCAGCUUCAUCAACUCCAUCAACAAUAUCUUUCAGGACAAAUGUAUGAACAUUGCCUUAGCUGAUAAUUCCUUUGCAGGGGCAAGCUUCACAAAAAAGUAUGAAACCCACAAAAUUGUGAAAGAAAAACCUGGAACCUACUACCCCUUCCUCUUCUAUGAUGUCAUGGGGCUGGAGAAUGGUAUUGGCAAAGGAGUUUAUGAUGCGGACAUUGUCAAGGCCCUGAAGGGGCAUGUAAAAGAGGGUUACACGUUUAAUCCUGCAUCACCUUUAGAAGAGGAGAAUGAGUACUAUGUCAAGGCCCCCACUCCAUCUGACACAGUUCACUGCCUAGUUAGUGCAAUACCAGCUGAUAAACUACCUAUGAUGAAUGCCAACAAGAAUGACGAGACGAAUGAUAUCUUCAAGAAGAUGAGAACCAUCAGACUCGCUGCAAGUUACAUGGGGAUUCCCCAAAUGGUUAUUCUCACCAAAGUGGAUUUAGCCUGUCCAUUGGUGAGGGAAGACCUGAAAAAGGUCUAUUGGAGCAAGUAUAUAAAGGAGAAGAUGGAGCAGUGUAGUAAUGAACUGGGGGUACCAGUGAACUGCAUCCUGCCUGUGAAGAACUACCACGAGGAAAUCGACUUGGAUGAUGACAUGGAUGUGCUGCUAUUGAGAGCACUGAGGCAGAUGGUGGACUUUGCAGAGGGCUUCAAGCUAUCACAAGCUGACUGAUGGAUGUACAGUUCUCAAUCUACAGCGUGUCACUGUAUAAUACCUCCAUCUAAAGAAGCCCUGUUCACACCUGGUAUUUACACCUGACUUCUGUGAUCCAAUCACCAUGAUCAGAUUACUCCCAACUAUGGUCCAGUGCGUCCACAAAAGGGUUGGCAUCAUUUCUGAUUUCUAACUGAAAAUACAUUUUGAAUUUAAUUCAAAUCUUGAGAUUGAAUUAUAAAUGUCUGUACUGUAUAAUCAACUGCUUCCCAAUCUGCUUAUCUAUGUCCCUCUACUCUGGGAAUGGUCUGUCAAAGUCUGUUAGUGUUGGUAGGACAUUCAUUAAACCAUAGUUUCAGUCCUCCUUUACCUAUCAUAAGGUUCAAAGUGAACUUGUUACUGUAUGAAAUGGCUGAGUAGCUAUGUCUGUGCUCAUAUUUUAUAAAGUGAGUGUCAUAAUUGUUGAAGUUGCUGUUGCAGUCCUGGAUAAUUUACUGUACAUUUACAGACUAUAGAUCCGUUUAUUGGUCAAUUGCACCAGAAAUGUUACUUCAGCUUUUAACCCAACCCCUCCGAAAGACACACAUACAUACAUACACAUACAGGUUUUGGAGAGGUGCGGGGGGCUGCCACACUGGGUGCCCUGUGACCUGUUGUUGUGUUGGGGUUAAGUGACUUGCUCAAGGGCACAACAGCAGGCAAUGGCAUCUGGGAUUUUAUACCAGCAACCCUCCGGUUGCCAGCUCACUUCCCCACAGAAUUUCCCCAUCGGACCCGGGAUUCGAACUGGCAACCUUCUGGUUGCUGGCUCGCCACUAACCUGACAUCAUUGAAAAUUAGCAUUCAAGUGGUAUGUGUCCUAUAUAUGUAUUUCAUAAAUUAAGUGUCAACUAACUCUAUCGGAAAUAUGGUACUGUGCAACGUCAACACACCUCUGAGGACACAGAAACAGACCAGUUUGAAAUAGUGUCUCUAGAAAUUGUGUUGUCAAAUAAUGAUUUAAACUAAGUGAAUAAACUAAGACAACAUGCUCAUGUGGAACACCAAAAUGGGAUUGAUUGUUUGGUAUUGUUUGUUCAAGUCUACUUUAAAAAAGGACAUAACCUGUUCUUACUAAUGAGUUUUCUCUACCAGCUUCAGGCAUGACAUAAGUGAAAGUAAAAGUUAGAGGCCCCUCUUACAUAAAUGAAGUCUAGCAGUAUCAAGGUCACUGUUGUUAGGCAAGCAUUUACUGGUUAAUCUAGUGCCAUCGUAGACAUAUAUUUCAGAGAAUACACUGUAUCAGGUAUGCUCUGAUAGCAUAAUAUAUGGUUUUAUUAAUCUGUUUAUUCCACGUUUCAGUCAAUUGACCUUAAUCUGGAUGUAUCUUUAAAAAAAUAUAUGAUGUUACUAGCUUGAUCACAUGUUCAUGGGACCAGGAAGAACAGGUUAGACGUUUCUGUCUGAGGUCAGAGAUGUCUUUCUAAGGAGUGUGAGUUCUGAAGAAGUCAGGUGAUUUACUAUAAGAGCACAGUGUAAUUAGGGGUAGUCAGUAACAAGUUUUCCGUCCACCUUUUUAUGUAAAUGUCACGCCCUGACCUUAGAGAGCCGUUUUAUUUCUCUAUUUGGUUAGGUGAUUUGGGUGGGCAUUCUGUUUUAUAUUUCUUUGUUUUUGGCCGCGUGUGGUUCCCAAUCAGAGGCAGCUGUCUAUCGUUGUCUCUGAUUGGGAAUCAUACUUAGGCAGCCUUUUUCCCACCUAAUGUUGUGGGUAAUUAUUUAUUUUCUGUGUGUGUUUGUGUGCGCCACGGUUGCGUCACGUUCGGUUUCUGUUUACCUGUGUUGUUGUGAAGGUUUCACUUGAUUAAAGAUGUGGAAUUACAUG